GCCCGGCGGGGGACACAGCGCGGCGCGGAGACGCGGAGACGCGGGGCAGGAGCCUGGUGGCCCCGGAGCGGGCGCGCGGCGGAGCGGGCGGGUGCGGCGCGCAGGGCCCUCGGGGCAGGUAGGUGCGCGCCGCGGAGCGUCCCGCGCGCCACUUGGAGGGCACCCUCGGCGGGGCGGCGGCGCGCGGGGCUGCAUGGAGGCCACGGAGAAGCAGCAGCUGUUGGACGCCAGGCCCGGAGCCAGACACUGUUGAGAUUGGAGUGUCUACUAUUCCACCCACUGGACGCAUGGAAACACCACGGCCCCACAGAGCGGUGGGAUGGGAGUCAGCCCUCCUUGUCCCCGUCUCAGAACUGAGUGUUCCCUCUGCCUUCCUCUGGCCAGGUCCUACACAGGAUCUCUGUGGCAGGAGGGGGCUGGCUGGAUCCCUCUGCCCCCGCCUGGCCUGGACUUGCAGGCCAUAGAACUGGCUGCCCAGAGCAACCAUUACUGCCAUGCCCAGAAAGAUCCUGACAGUCACUGUGACCCCUCGAAGGAGCGGGCCCAGCGCCAGCUCUAUGUGGCCUCUGCCAUCUGCCUGGUGUUCAUGAUCGGGGAAGUAGUUGGUGGGUACCUGGCACAUAGCUUGGCCAUCAUGACCGAUGCAGCCCACCUGCUCACUGACUUUGCCAGCAUGCUCAUCAGCCUCUUCUCCCUCUGGGUGUCCUCCCGGCCAGCCACCAAGACCAUGAACUUCGGCUGGCAGCGAGCUGAGAUCCUGGGAGCCCUGCUCUCGGUGCUGUCCAUCUGGGUCGUGACUGGAGUACUGGUGUACCUGGCUGUGGAGCGGCUGGUCUCUGGGGACUAUGAGAUCAAGGGGGGGACCAUGCUGAUCACGUCAGGCUGUGCUGUGGCUGUGAACAUCAUAAUGGGGUUGACCCUUCAUCAGCCUGGCCAUGGGCACAGCCACAACACCAGCCAGCAGCAGGUGAACCCCAGUGUCCGAGCUGCCUUCAUCCAUGUGAUUGGGGACUUUCUGCAGAGUUUGGGCAUCCUGGUGGCAGCCUAUAUUUUAUACUUCAAGCCAGAGUACAAGUACGUAGACCCCAUCUGCACUUUCCUCUUCUCCAUCCUGGUCCUGGGGACAACCUUGACCAUCCUGAGAGAUGUGAUCCUGGUGCUGAUGGAAGGGACCCCCAAGGGCGUGGACUUCACAGCUGUGCGGGAUCUGCUGCUGUCGGUGGAAGGGGUGGAAGCCUUGCACAGCCUACAUAUCUGGGCACUGACCGUGACCCAGCCCGUGCUGUCUGUCCACAUAGCCAUUGCUCAGAAUGCAGACGCCCAGGCUGUGCUGAAGGUGGCCAGCACUCGUCUCCAGGGGAAGUUCCACUUCCACACCAUGACCAUCCAGAUCGAGGACUACUCUGAGGACAUGAAGGACUGUCAGGCAUGCCAAGGCCCUUCAGACUGACUGCCUGGCCAGGUGCCAACUGGGGCAUGGACAGGACCUGCAGCUGGCCGGACUGAGUGUCCCCCAGCCCCAGCCAGGACUCUGCCUACCCCACUUGCCCCCUCCUGACCUCUGCUCCAUGUUUAGUAUGGAGUUUUGCCCCACUCCAGGAAUGGGGCUCCUCCCAACCUCUUCCAUCUGACUGUAGCCAGCCCCAGGGUGGGCACUCGGCAGGUGUAAAGGUAGUAUGACCCUGUUCCUCCAACUCCUGGGUCAGCUCCUGGCAGGACUGUGUUUGGGCCUAAUCCUCAGCAAAUGCUGUCCUACCACCUGCAGCAGGAAGGGCAAUGAGGCUCAGUGUGGGACCAUAGAAGGGGACACUGGUCUCAAAGUUCCCUCGCCAACCUGCCUCUUUCCCCAUUUUCAACCUGUCAGGCCUUUGCCUUGUGAAUCUGUAAAGAAGCCCUGGAACAGAGCCCCCUCCCCGGCCUAUAGCAAUAUGGUUUAUGGAGGCUGUGGGGGCGGGGAGGUGUGAAGACCCCACACUCAUACAAGCUGGGGGCACCUGAGGCCUGUCUGUCACUCUAGCUGUGAGCCAAAUGUUUCCCUUUCCUGGAGGGGUUGGCUUCUUACUAGGUAAGGACCUGGCUGGUUCCCUCUGUCCUUAUUGCUCCAGCCCAGGAAGCUGUGCCAACACAAAGAUACCCUUGCCAUGGUGGUGGUGGACACAGAUUUCAGAGAUUUCAGCUUGGGUCCUGCUCUCGAAGCCUCACAGCCCCUGGGUUGCUUCUCUUUCCAUGAUAGUGUCCCAGGGGAUUGCAGAGCCUGAAAUCAGACAUGAUUGGGCCAGCUCUGUUGCCAGUAUGUCCUGACCUGUCAUGAACUGGGAAUAGAGGACAAAGACGGCAUGGACACAGCUCAGGGGCCAUUUGGGAAAGGAGAUACUGGCUUCCUGGGGUUUGCAUGUGAAGAUUCUGACUUAGAGGGUGGCUUGUGUUUAUAAGAUGUCGUAGGGGAUCCCUGUCCCCAAUCUCAUAGAGGCAACUGCCCAAUCAUCAGGGAGCCCUCCUUCUAAUGGUCUGUCUCUGCCAGGCUAAGCAAGGGCCUGUAGGGAAGUUGGCCUCUCUGGGCCUCUUAUUCUUAUCUGUAGACUGAGCGUGUUAACACCCACCUCACGGGGUUGUUGUGAGAACUAGGGUCAAAGUCCGCGAAGUGUCUGGUGGUUGUUCAGGAGUGUUCACUUCUGUCAUUCCAGAAACAGGGAUCUCUGGCCUGAGGCCGCCUUGCUGAGGAGCCAGUGGGUUUCCCAGCCGCCCCCGGGGACAGCACUAAGGUUCUCUUGACUCUGUCCUGACCCGUGAUGGGAGGAGGAGGGAUUGGUUGCUUGCCUCCCCCUCUGAGCCUCUCGCUUCCCAUCUGUAAAAUGACCUCUGUGCCUUUCCA